GGAAUCCCACAACAUUGAACGGACUUUCUGCUUCAAUAACUUAACGUUGGCUGUGAAUGAAAAAAUACUAUGUGGUCAUGACAAUCGGGAAUUAGAGGUCUUGAAACAUCUGAUUGAUGUAAAGAAAGAGCUAAGUGUCUAAAGGUAAUUGUUGCAGAUUGAAAGACUCAGAAGGCAGGUUUUGGAAUAAAGUACUGUAAGUUUUGGACCGCCCGGAAGUGAAUUGCAAGUUCUUUGCGGACUUUGAUAACGGAUUAUUCUAAAGCAAACUGCAAUGAAAAUCCUCAGAGGAGACAGGGGUGAAGGAAUAAGUUCAAACCAGUGGCUAAUUCGUUUACAAACUUCAGUUUUUCUGUUCGCCAUACACCAACAAAUGAUGCAGGUCAGUGGCUCGAUGCUGGAGGACACGAUCAGUAACUGGUCCUUGUAUAAAGAUCAGUGUUUGCAAAACCUAACCAAGGCCAGUAAUAAAACUGGAAUAUUUUGUAAUGGAAGCUUUGACCAAUUUGUCUGCUGGCCAGAAUCGCUCCCAGGAAAUGUAUCAGAACCCUGCCCCUGGUAUCUCCCUUGGAUUAAACCAGGAAGCACAGGAAUGGUCUACAGAUAUUGCCUGGAUAACGGUCGUUGGAUGACAGUCUCAAAUUCUACUGCAGUCUGGCGGGAUCAUUCUGAAUGUUCUGAAGACAGCCAGGUGGUCCUGCAGCAGGAAAAUCAACAUGGUUCACUGAAAGCUCUGCAAUUGAUCUACACUGUGGGUUACUCAUUCUCGUUGGCUUCACUCUCGUUGGCUGUGCUGAUAUUGCUCUGGCUUAGGAAGCUGCAUUGUACUCGAAACUACAUCCAUAUGAAUUUAUUUGCUUCCUUUAUUUUGCGAGCAUUGGCUGUCCUCGUUAAAGACAUGUUCCUGAAUAGUACGUACUACAAACGCCCGGUUGAUGAAAUAGGAUGGAAGUCAUUUUUUGACACCAAGGUUUCAAAUGGAUGUAAGAUAGCACAGGUUUUCAUGCACUAUUUUGUCGGAGCCAACUUCUUCUGGCUUCUGGUGGAAGGAAUUUAUCUUCACAAAAUGAUCGUCCUUGCUGUCCUUUCAGAGAAAAGACUGUUAAAGCAAUAUGCCCUGAUAGGAUGGGUGUGCCCACUAUUCUUUGUUAUACCUUGGACAAUUUCAAAGGUUAUCUAUGAGAAUGAAUGGUGCUGGGGAACAAACAAGCACAUGGGAAUCUGGUGGAUCAUCAGGGGGCCUGUGAUAUUUGCAAUAAUAAUGAAUUUCUAUGUCUUCAUAAAAAUUUUGAAAAUGUUGCUUUCAAAACUUAAAGCCCAACAAAUGCGAUUCAGUGAUUACAAAUACAGGUUGGCCAGAUCGACCCUGGUUCUGAUACCUCUGCUUGGGAUCCAUGAGUUUGUAUUCAUCUUCCUGAUAGACGAGCACAUUCCGGGUUUCCUGAAACAAAUCCGGCUCUUUAUUCAGCUCGUGUUCAGCUCCUUCCAGGGUUUUCUGGUGGCCUUGCUAUACUGCUUUGCCAAUGGCGAGGUCCAAGCAGAGUUGAAAAUGCGAUGGAGAUGCUGGCUGCUGGUAAAUCACUUUGAAUGUACCAGCUGUGUCUUUGGCAAACACUUCACGUAUCUGGGGAAAUGCCCCAAACCCAGGUCCAACAGUUAUAUCUACAAUAGCAGCUCCUACUAUAGUGAUACCAGGACGUCCAGCAUGCAACUGAACACAGCACCAAUGACAGAACUGCAAGCACACAAAGCUAUUCCAAUGGAACAGUUCAUCCAGACUCGUGUGUCUGAGAGCAGCGAAGGAGAAGCAGACAUUGGAGAGAGCCAGAUGUAAGGACAGAUCUGGACAAACCAUGUCCAACAUUAAGUUUUGUAAACUGUGAAGUCUUUUAAUGUAAGAAGUGAGUUACAGUCACAAUCUGAACCUACUUUGUGACUGACCUCUUUUCAUUGUAAAUAUUGAAUUUUGCAAGUGACCAGGUUUAUUUGGAAGGCAUUUUAAAACCAUGCUCUUUCAAUGUUCUGUCUUUGUAGAACUGGGCCUUGGACAAGAGAAAUCUAUCAUUGAAUUUUGGCCCACACAGUCAGCUGAUGUCAGAAGAGUUGCUACAAUUAUAUGUGUGUGUGUGUGUGUGUCUGUGUGAGUGAGUGAAUGAAUGAGUGUGUAUUUGUGUGUGUG